UCAAUCCAGUCCGUGCCUCAACCGCAUAAUAGAUUGAAGAUUUAAUCUGUUCUGUGCUGUAACCACGACUGUGGGCGACGGAUAACAACUCCGUGCGGUUUCUUCGAUCCGAAGUUGACAACAUGACCGUCCCGGGUCCGAUGCGAAACGACACGAUUUUUCGUGUUAUCUACCCAUAACCGGUUAUACUACCUGUACCGCGGGCGGGACGGUAUCACAACGUUACGACCACUGACAACUCACAGGCUUGUUACGUUCUGUGCGCCACGGGCCUUUGCGAGCGAUAUGCUAUCGCCUUAUCAGUUAUCACCUCCCAACACCGAUCAACACAGUGGUCUUAUUUUUAUUUCACCCGAAACACUUCAAUGUUCGCAAUAACAAUAAUAAUUAGAUUUAGUACUUUUAUCGUAUUAUAUGGUUGAUUCUCACGUCGCAGUCGGAAAUGUAUCGGUGGUCCCCAAUAAUAAAAUAAAUAUGUUUCUCUACAAACAUGGAAAACUUACCAUUAACAAGCAAUGUACGAAAAGAUCUCCCUAUAAAGCCUUCUACAUCCUAUCAGUCUGUUAAACAGGCAAAAAAGUUAGCAGCAAGAAAUGUGGGAAUCAGUUCUGAUGAUGAUAUGAUAGAUAUUACAACUUCAGGAACAAUGACUGAACGUACUUUAAAUCAGCGAUCACCAAUUAAUUUACCAGGUAUUGAUGUCAUAUUUGCAGCAACGUUAAAUUUUGGUUCUGGUGAAACUGAAGAUAUUCCUGGGAUUGGUCAGUAUGAAGAUUUUCAUACAAUUGAUUGGCAGCGAGAUAUCGCAAGAGAUCGGCAGAGACAUAGAUAUAUUCUGAAACGUAGACAAAAUUCAUUCAUUGAUUUGAUUAAAUCUGCUCAUGAUGCAUGGUCAGGUUGGCUUUGUGUACUAUUGGUGGGACUUGUAACUGGAACUGUUGCAGCAAUUAUUGACAUUGGAACAUCAUGGAUGUCAGAUUUGAAAUUUGGAAUUUGCCCUCAAGCAUUUUGGUUGAACAUGGAACAAUGUUGUUGGUCAUCAAAUGAAACUUCAAUUGAGUUAGAUAAAGGAAAUUGUUCACAGUGGCUUUAUUGGUCUGAAUUUUUAACGUCUUCAAACUAUGGAACUUUUGCCUAUAUUAUAUCAUAUUUAUUUUACAUUGCUUGGGCAUUACUAUUUGCGGCCCUUGCUGCUGGAUUAGUAAGAAUGUUUGCACCAUAUGCCUGUGGUUCUGGAGUUCCAGAAAUAAAAACAAUUUUAAGCGGUUUUAUAAUUAGAGGAUACUUAGGAAAGUGGACUUUACUUAUAAAAUCCGUGGGAAUAAUGAUGUGUGUUUCGGCUGGACUAAGUUUGGGUAAAGAAGGACCUAUGGUACAUAUAGCUUCAUGCAUUGGUAAUAUUUUAUCAUAUUUGUUUCCUAAGUAUGGUCGUAAUGAAGCUAAAAAAAGAGAAAUAUUGUCAGCAGCAGCAGCAGCUGGAGUUUCUGUAGCAUUUGGGGCUCCUAUUGGUGGAGUUCUUUUUAGUUUAGAAGAAGUUAGUUAUUAUUUUCCAUUGAAAACUUUAUGGCGUUCAUUCUUUUGUGCUCUUGUUGCUGCAUUUGUGCUUAGUUCAAUCAAUCCAUUUGGUAAUGAACAUUCUGUCAUGUUUUAUGUGGAGUAUCAUAGACCAUGGAUGUUUUUUGAACUCAUACCAUUUAUUGGUUUAGGAAUUAUUGGGGGAGUUAUUGCGACUAUUUUUAUCAAAUGUAAUAUUAGAUGGUGUCGUUUUCGUAAAUCAUCUAUUCUUGGACAGUAUCCUGUCUUAGAAGUAUUAUUACUUACAGCUGUUACUGCAGUACUUUCAUAUCCCAAUCCAUAUACACGUAUGGGAACCAGUAAAUUAAUUUACCUUCUGUUUAGCCAGUGUGAUGUUUCUAGUCAUGAUGGUUUGUGUGAUUAUACUACUGAAAAAGCCAAUGUGGCUGGACCUGGUGUAUACACAUCCAUGAUACUUUUGUCUAUGGCAUUUAUCUUAAAACUAGUCACUACAAUAUUUACAUUUGGUAUCAAGGUACCUUGUGGAUUAUUUAUUCCGAGUUUGGCUAUGGGUGGAAUCACAGGUCGUAUUGUUGGCAUUUUCAUGCAACAAUUAGCAGCCAAACAUCCUCAUUUAUGGUUUUUUGAUAACAGUUGUGGGUUACCUGGCCAAGAAGACUGUAUUACUCCUGGUUUAUAUGCUAUGGUAGGUGCUGCUGCUGUUUUAGGAGGAGUGACCCGAAUGACUGUUUCACUGGUGGUCAUUAUGUUUGAAUUAACUGGUGGCGUAAGAUACAUUGUUCCCUUGAUGGCAGCUGUCAUGGCUAGUAAAUGGGUUGGUGAUGCAUUGGGCAAAGAAGGCAUGUAUGAUGCUCAUAUUCAAUUAAAUGGUUACCCCUUUUUGGAUAGCAAAGAGGAGAUAGUUCACACAGCUCUAGCAGCAGAUGUUAUGCAGCCUCGCCGAGCUGAAAGUUUGAAUGUUCUCACACAAUCUUCAAUGUCACUAGAAGAUAUUGAAAUAUUAUUAAAAGAAACUGAACACAAUGGAUUUCCGGUUGUGAUAUCUCGAGAAUCUCAGUAUCUUGUUGGAUAUGUUUUACGAAGGGAUUUGCAAUUGGCAAUAGAAAAUGCAAAAAGGACUAUUGAUGGACUUUUACCUGAGUCUCUAGUUUUUUUUACUGAUGUAACUCAACAAAUAAUGCCAUCGCCUUUAAAAUUAAAAAAAAUUCUAGACAUGGCCCCAAUAACAAUUACUGAUCAAACACCUAUGGAGACUGUAGUUGAUAUGUUCAGAAAAUUGGGACUUCGGCAGACACUGGUUACACAUAACGGGAGACUUCUAGGUGUUAUAACAAAAAAAGAUAUUUUGCGUUAUAUUAAACAAGUUGAUAAUGAAGAUCCCAGCUCUGUUCUCUUCCAUUAA